AAAAUGACCAAAGUGUGGUGGUAAUCAGUAGAAACUCCUCACCCCACCCCACCCCACCGCACGACCCGAGUGUGCGUCUUAGCGGGAAAACGAGUUGAAUUAUGUCCAGACUUAUAAACCGAAUACGCAGCAUGAUCAAUCCAUCCCAGCGCCAGCGGGACAGGGAUAACGAGUCCGCCGAUUCGGUUUCGGUGUCGGUGUCGGUGUCCAGUGCCCCACAGUCUGUUCGGAGGUUUCAUUCCCUGCCCCGCCCCCUUCGCCGUCGCAGAUGCAGUGGCAACUCCACGGCGAGACGGUCCAACAGCGGCCUCUGGGACCGCAUGAUGAGCAAUGUUUUCGGCACAGACGACGGCGAUCAGGGCUACGACGAUGAUGGAACCCAGUACAUUGAUUCGGUAAAUGGUUCCUGUUACGAGAUAUCCGGAGAUGGCGAAUACAUCAAGCAUCCCGUUCUGUACGAACUCAGUCAUAAAUAUGGAUUCACAGAGAACCUGCCGGAGAGCUGUAUGUCCAUACGGCUCGAGGAGAUCAAGGAGGCGAUUCGCCGCGAGAUCCGCAAGGAGCUGAAGAUCAAAGAGGGCGCCGAGAAGCUGCGCGAGGUGGCCAAGGACCGGCGCUCCCUCAGCGAUGUGGCGGUGCUCGUGAAGAAGAGCAAGAGCAAAUUGGCGGAACUCAAGUCCGAGCUGCAGGAGCUCGAGAGUCAAAUACUCCUAACGUCGGCCAACACGGCCGUCAACAGCAACGGACAAGAAUCGAUUAAUGCCAACAUCGAUCCCAAUGGCGGGAUAAUUAUGGGCGGUGCCCUGGGGGGCGGUGGUGGCACCGGCGCACCCUCCACCGCCAACGACAAAGUCCUGACGUCGCUGGAGAAGCAGCUGCAGAUCGAGAUAAAGGUGAAGACGGGGGCGGAGAAUAUGAUCCAGUCACUGGGCGCCGGCUGCGACAAGAAGCUGCUGGCGGAGGCCCACCAAAUGCUGGCCGACUCGAAGGCCAAAAUCGAGUUUCUGCGGCUGCGGAUCAUCAAGGUCAAACAGAAUCGUGAGCAGGCCGAUCGGCUCAAGGCCACGCGCCAGCUGAUGGAUGAUGGCCAGCCGCAGAGCCUGGAGACGACGCUGGAGGAGCGCAUCGAGGAGCUGCGUCAUCGGCUGCGCAUCGAGGCGGCCGUCGUCGACGGAGCCAAGAAUGUCAUACGAACUCUCCAGACGGCGAAUCGAGCCCCAGACAAGAAGGCGCUGCAGGAGGCCACUGGUCGCUUGUCGGAGUCGUCGAGGAAACUGGAUCUCUUGCGAUAUUCGCUGGAUCUGCGGCGCCAGGAGCUGCCAGUGGACUCUCCUGCGGCCCAGCAGCUGAAGACGGAGCUGCAGAUCGUGCAGCAGUCGACGUCGCCGGUGCCCGUGACCUACACAUCGCUGCAGACCGGGCAGGGUGGCCUGUUGGGGGGCAAGCCCUACCAGUCGGUGUCGUCGCUGGGGCGCUGUGCCAGUGUCACGGGCAAGCUGGAGGUGCGACUGAUGGGCUGCCAGGGCCUGCUGGAGGAUGUUCCGGGGCGUUCGCGACGCGACAAGGACAACAGCUCUAGUCCCGGCGAUCUGCGGAGCUUCGUCAAGGGCGUGACCUCGCGCAGCAGCUCCAAGAGCUACUCGGUGAAGGACGAGACCUCGUUCGAGAUCAUGGCCGCCAUCAAGCUGGACAACAUCACCGUGGGACAGACCUCCUGGAAGCCCUGCUCGCAGCAGGCCUGGGACCAGCGCUUCUCCAUCGAUCUAGACCGCUCCCGAGAGCUCGAGAUCGGAGUCUUUUGGCGCGACUGGCGUUCCCUGUGCGCCGUGAAGGUCCUGCGACUGGAGGAAUUCAUCGACGAUGUGCGCCACGGCAUGGCCCUGCAGCUGGAGCCCCAGGGCCUGCUCUUCGCCGAGAUCAAGUUUCUCAAUCCCAUGAUAUCGCAGAAGCCCAAGCUGCGCCGCCAGCGCAUGAUCUUCAACAGACAGCAGGCAAAGAACAUCCCCCGUGCCAAGCAGAUGAACAUCAAUGUGGCCACCUGGGGUCGCCUGCUCAAGCGGAAUGCCCCCAACCAUGUCCACAUGGGAUCGGGCGAAGCCACAGGCGCUGCGGCUGCCCCUGCCCGCGACUCGGAGUCGCCCAUUUCAAGGACUCCCUCGUCGGAUGCCCUGGUGGAGCCGGAGCCGUAUACACCCGGCGAGCAGGCCCAAAAUCUGGAGUUCAAUCCGGAUGCGGGCAUGCACGAGCACGUGGAAACGCCCGGCGAGUACCCGGAUCCGGCGGCCAGCGGGUUGAGUGGCAUGCGCCCACUCUCCAUGCACAUGCAGGGGAUCAGCGUCCUGCCACCCGACACACCUCCCGUUUCCGCCGCCGCAGCGGCCGCUGCCGCUGGCAGACCCAGCUCGCUCAUCAUACAGAUGCCGCCGUCGGCUGGAGGCGCGAAGGCACCAGCGGUCAUCGGUGGCCGCACGGCCGCCCCCACAACGGCGCCACCGCCGCCACCAUUGCUCAAGUCAUCGACCACCACGCCGGUGUUGGACCAGGAGCUGCAGGAUGCCUUGCACGAAUUUGAUUUCCUCUCCGACAUGGACUCGCGUCCGACCACGCUGCGGCGCCUGCUGAAAGAGCGGGACAUGGAGCAGCUGCAGCUGGACCAGGAGGCGCUCGAGAGCCUGCUGCUGCAGCAGCAGCAGUCCGAGCAGCAGGCCCUGCACCAGAGGCAGCUGCAGGAGCAGCAGAGAUUGCAACAGUUCCAGGAGGCCCAGCGUCAGGCCAUCCUCGAGCUGUGCGAACAGCAGGAGAGGGAAAAGCAGCAGCAGCAGCAGCAAAAAGAUCAGGCGAGACAUAAGGAGAAGGAGAAGCAGCUCCAGCAUCAGCAGAAGCAACGCAUGAUCGAGCAGUGCAUUGCCGAGUCCUCCGAGUGGGCCAAGCAGCGCCAGAGCCAGCCACCGCCGCCACCACCACCACCUCCUCCUCCGCUGUCACCCACCCAGUCAACACUAACCACAGACCAGACACCGCUCCCGAGCCCGCUACCGCUACCGCUCUCGAUCUCGCCAGCCAGCCGCCCAGUCACCUACCCCUGCCCCAGCCAAAGUCCACUCGUCUUGCCACCAACCAACCAAUUUCAGUUGCAGCCCGAUCCUGCCCAGACCAGCAGUCGCUUUGCCGCCGUCGAGGAUCUGUCGCGGCCAUCGGCUGUGGAACAGCAGCUGCACCGUCCGGUGCUGACCAUGCCGCCGGUGGUGCUGCUGGGCUGCCGGGAGGAGGACAGAUCGGUGCCGCCCUCGCCCCUGGUCGAGUAUCCCGAGGACGAUGACGAGUAUCUGUACAGGGCCGAUGGCGGCGGGGGCAGCCGGGAUCUGGUGCAGUCCAGCCACAGUUCCAGUGCGGGCGAUCGUUUCUGUGUGGAGGCGCAUAUCAGUCUUGUACAUAUCACCCUCGAACCCAUCGAUGCCAGCUGCACCACCAGCUGCCUGAUAGAGGAGGUGGCCGAGCCAGAGCCACAGCCGGAGACAAAGGCGGUGGCAGAGGCACAGUCCCACUGCCAGUCGCAGUCGCUGUUGUCGCAGUCGCAGUCGGAGGCAUUCGUUGAGAGUGUAUUGCUUGAGACAGUUGUUGAAAAGUUAGACAGUUCGACGAGUGAAGAGGAGCAGCUGGAGCAGGUUAUACCGCAGUUGGGAAAACUCUAUGUGGGCAGCAGUCAACAGCAGUAUGGACAGUCCUCGCCUAUCAUCCAGGAGCCGCCGACUCCGACCAUCUAUUGCGUUAGUGCGUCGGCCGGCGCACCGCAAUUCCCGCAGCCCACACAGCGCCAGGACAAGCUGCAGCAGCAGCCUGGGCAGCAGCCCAUCUAUGCGAAUCAGUACGAGUUAAACGUGGCCAAGGCAGCGGCUGCCGCCUCAGUGUACACGCCUACGCCCACGCCCAGCUCCUCAUCGACGAGCAACACCAGCCAGCAGGGGCAGCGCAAGAAUGUGGCUCGGGGACUGCAGUUCCGCGAGACUGGGGGUCACGACGGGGGGCGUCUGGUCAAGCCUGGACCGCCUCCGAAUGCAGGCAUGCUGUCGAUGGACAACUUCCGACUGCUGAGUGUGCUGGGACGAGGACACUUUGGCAAGGUGAUCCUGUCGCAGCUGCGCAGCAACAACCAGUACUAUGCCAUCAAGGCGCUGAAAAAGGGCGACAUUAUCGCCCGCGAUGAGGUGGAGUCGCUGCUGAGCGAAAAGCGCAUCUUCGAAGUGGCCAAUGCCAUGCGCCACCCGUUUUUAGUCAAUUUGUAUUCGUGCUUCCAGACCGAUCAACACGUUUGCUUUGUGAUGGAGUACGCUGCCGGAGGAGAUCUGAUGAUGCACAUCCAUACGGACGUGUUUCUGGAGCCGCGUGCCGUUUUCUAUGCAGCCUGCGUUGUGCUGGGGCUCCAGUAUCUGCACGAAAAUAAGAUCAUCUACCGCGACCUGAAGCUGGACAACCUGCUGCUGGACACGGAUGGGUAUGUGAAGAUCGCCGACUUUGGCCUGUGCAAGGAGGGCAUGGGCUUCGGUGAUCGCACGGGUACUUUCUGCGGCACGCCCGAGUUUCUGGCACCCGAAGUCCUCACCGAGACCUCGUACACGAGGGCCGUGGACUGGUGGGGUCUGGGGGUGCUCAUCUUUGAGAUGUUGGUUGGUGAGUCACCUUUCCCUGGCGAUGAUGAGGAGGAGGUGUUCGAUUCAAUUGUGAAUGAUGAGGUCCGCUAUCCGCGCUUCCUCUCACUCGAGGCCAUAGCCGUGAUGCGUAGGCUACUGCGCAAGAAUCCAGAGCGACGUCUAGGAUCGUCGGAGCGCGAUGCGGAGGAUGUCAAGAAGCAGGCAUUCUUCCGGUCCAUUGUCUGGGAUGAUCUGCUGCUUCGUAAGGUCAAGCCACCGUUUGUACCCACGAUUAACCAUCUGGAAGAUGUCUCGAACUUUGAUGAGGAAUUCACGUCGGAGAAGGCGCAAUUGACGCCACCAAAGGAGCCGCGCCACCUGUCCGAGGAUGAGCAGGUGCUCUUCCAGGACUUUUCAUACACGGCCGAAUGGUGUUAGUGUCCCGCAACACGCCCCCCGUGUCCAGUUAGUCUUAUGGGCUCACCAAGGGCCUAGCCCGAUCGUUCUAACCCUCGCCCUCUGCUUUUAAAUGUGUAUGAAUUAUUGUUAGCUUAAGUGAAUGUGAGUUAAAUAUUUAAACAGGAACGCCUCCAGAUAAUACCCAUACAGGACAUAUAUUAUAUCUAAUCACUGGAGUGUUGCUCACUUGCUCACCGAAACAAGCAUUAACAAAAUCCACUAGAAGACGUCCUCUUUGAGGGCACAACAAGCGCAUUUUUCGAUCAUCAAUCAGGAGCAGAGCCGGAUCGCUUUCAAUCCAAUCCAAAACAAUACAAUACCCUUCCCCUCCAUCAGCAUGAACCAUAUUGCAUAGCAUGCAUCUUUUAAUUUCCUAACGCGAGAACGAGAAUAUAUUGAAUAGUCUGACGAACCCUAGGAAGGCCUUAUACGCAACGUUGUAGAUUUUGGACAGAUUUAUUGUGAGCCAGGUUCCAAAUAGAUUUUAGAGAUGAAAAUUAUGUAUACACACAGCUAUUUUACAAGCGCCACCAGUAGGAGAUCAGAUCAGAUCGUAUCGGAUCGGAUCAAAGCGGAACGGAGCGUAGCAACAUAUUUUCAUAAACCACAUACAAGAACAAAUUCACGGAUACAUAUAUUUUAUACAUAUAUUGCAUGCACACAUCCCAGGAAAAUGUCUUGAUAAAAGAGCUCAUCCUCUAAACAUAUUUUUAGAUAAAGAACGAAGGAGAGAAAGUUAGAAAUUGAGAGAUAAUACUUACAGUUUUAAAGUGUAACCCCUGUAAAUUUCUUUGCGUUUUCAAAUCAACUCGUGUCAGCCAAUUGUGUGCCCGAGUUGUGUUAUAUUUUAAAGCUACAUUUUAUUAUUUUUUAAUUCACACACAACGCCUACAUUUGUUAUUUAUUAUUAUUAUACAAAAAACUGUAUUGCUUUGAGCAUUUUAAUUCAAUGAUAUAUGGAUUUCAAACGAUUCGCUUGUAUGCCCACGAGAGAAAUAGAGAAUGGAACGGAACGGUACGCUUUAACAGGAAAAAACAUAAUGCCGUUCGGAGAGAGUCUGCCCCUCGUUGCCAGAGACAUGUGGCAUGCGAUCGGAUUGUUGUUUCACUUAAGAUCUAUGCUAUUUGUAAUUUAAUUUUUAAAUUGUAUUUAAGUUUGUAAUAAUCAAUUAUGGAAGCGUAGGCUAAGCUAUCAUUAUGUGAAGAUAAUUAUUGAUAAAUACGAUUAUGAUAACGAUCGUGCACUGCACCCCUCAUGCAGAACAAUAUACAACCAAGCAGAUCUAUUGUCAUUACGAUUAUGAUUAUGAUUAUAAUUACAACGGCAACUUGCGGCCUGGAAUAUCGAUUCAUCACCAACAAAAAUGUCCCCCCAUUCCCUUUAGCUGCCAAGUUGUGCGUGUAUCCUCUUAUUUAUGCAACUAUGAUAUGAUUUUUGAAUAAAUGUAUCUAUCGCUA